AUGGAGUCACAAGGAGGCGACAUGUCUCCCCCUGCUCAACCGAGCACUGGCACCUCGAGGGCCAGUAGGAUGUCGCCUGCCCGGCUUGCGAGGAAAAGAAAGGCGGAUAGAGAGUCGCAAAAGGCCUCGCGCUUGAAACAGAAGAACUACAUCGCCCAUUUGGAGGCCUUGGUCAAGUCCUUGGAUGCUACGGCGGGCUCCGACCCGGUCGAGCUGCUGAAACAGCAGGGGGCAGAGAAUGUCGAGAUCAAAAAGGCCCUCACAACCAUUUGCAAAAUCGCCCAGACGGCUCUGGGUGUGGGCGCGGGCGACGGCCGAUAUCUGGGUACCUCUUCUUCACCCGAUCCGAUGACCGAUCAAGCAGACGUCAAAGACAUGAAGCCUGAUCCCCCCAAACUCAGGAAAAUCCAGCCUUCUCAGACGGCCAAAUUGGAUUACGCCACCGAUCCUGUUAAAUGCAUGGGUGAAUCAGACACGACGAUUUUAUCCGCCGCUGAUGCCCAUCCACAUGGCGCCGGGUUUCCCUCAAUGUUCACAGAAGAUGACGAGAAUUUGGGAGAGUUCAUCCACCAUGAUCUCCUGGACUUCCCGCUCCGAGAGCAGGGCGCUCAACAGACUUUCGACACACCAGAACUUCUCUGUGGCAGAGAUGCCAUGUCCACGGCCCAACCGGCCCCUGGCCCCUGGGCAUUUGCAUCGCUAUCGGAAUCUCUAUUACCUUUACGCACCCACCACCCUGAUCCUGGAGGCCGGGACUGGGUAUCCACGGUAAACCUGCUAAGCGGACCUGUUGUGUUUCCGCUUGAAUCUCCUGAUGAUGUACUCGAUGGAGACAUUCCAAUCUCAGCCGUGUUGCGUGGCUGGGAUGCAGUCGAGGCCCGGCGGCCGCUGGAUCCAGGGUGGAAGGUCCUUCGAGAAAUUGACCAAAAUAUUUUUAUCGGAUGCGGCAUUGCUGAAAGAUUGGCCGUCUUGCGAAUCAUGAGGUUGAUGUGCCACUAUAUGACGACAGCAGAACGGCGGCCAGAGCUGCCUCCUUUCAUGCUUAAACGGCCAUGUCAAGAGCACAUCAAACAUCAUCCAAUGGUUGACUAUCUCGUCUGGCCGGGACUUCGUGAAAGAUUAAUCUUCUCGCAACAAAAGUUCGCGGCCAACGCAGAUCGAUAUACCGAGCUCUUCCGCACCAACUUCCGUUUCCUGUGGCCUUUCGAGCCUGAGGACAUCUACUAUCGGGACCCAGACACAGGCCGAUAUGCAUUCUCCGAACAGUUUAUCGGACGAACGGAGGAUUUAUCCUGCUGGACGAUGCACAAUGACUAUUUCAUUGUCCUGCCAGAACUACGUGGAGAUGUGCCUGCCUUCCCUCAAACUUCUAUCUACACCUUGAGUCAACAGCCUUCGGUGUCACAACAGGCCAUUCAGCGAAAGCCCUUGACUAGGUCAGGAGACGACCAAGAGUCCUCGCAAAACGAGAAGUCUUCGGUCAACAUUGAUUUUCCUCAUACCAUGUGGGGGAGGAUGUCACAAAUGUCUUGA